ACACAGCUCACAGACCUUUUGUUUGCUUUCUUCUUAAUGGAGGGGCCUUAAAACACACUCUCUCUCUCUAAAACAUAGUUUCUCUCUCCUCAUCUUGUAACUUCUCUGCGUUCAAUUCCUUUGAAGAUUGUUCUCAUCGAUCGGAUCUUCUUCUUCUUCUCUCAACUGUCACUUAUUUCCUGUUUCUCAUCAAUUUCAGUUGGAUAUUCAAGCAGAUUAAAGAAUUUCUACAAGUUUGGAUGUGAUGACUCCACCUCUGUUAGAUGUCGAGGCGGAUGCAACGGGAAACGCGUCCCUAAUGACUUCUGCUUCCAGUAUGGAAUCAGUGUUUCAAAAGAGCCCUGGAUUAACCGAGCGGAAUUAUCUCGGAUUAUCAGAUUGUUCAUCCGUUGACAGCUCAGCUGUUUCUGGAAUGUCCGAGGUGAAAAGGGAUAAUCUAAACCUUAAAGCUACUGAACUGAGGCUCGGUCUUCCGGGAUCUCAAUCUCCUGUGCGCGAUUCAGACGAUUGUCUUGAUGAGAAACCGUUAUUUCCAUUGGUGCCUUCUAAAGAAGGAAUCUGCUUAGGUUCACAGAAGAUUGUUGUUUCUGGAAAUAAAAGAGGAUUCUCUGACACCAUUGGUGAAGGGAAUUGGAUGUUCGGUUCAUCUGUGAUUGAUUCUGACGGUUCGAAAUCUUUGGUCCAAGGAAAGUUUACUGGUAACACGAGCGUAAGCGGUAAGAUUUCGUCGGGAACUCAGGCCGCGAUGAUUAAAGAUGCGGCAUCAAAGGUGUCGCCCCAGGAACAAACUCAUGUACCCUACGGAACUAGCCUUAACAAAGCCAGUGCUUCUAAUCCUCCUGCUGCUAAGGCACAGGUAGUUGGUUGGCCUCCUGUUAGAUCGUUUCGCAAGAACAUUUUGGCUACAAAUUCGAAGAACAACGAUGAGGUGGACGGAAAACCGGGUCCCGCUGCUCUCUUUGUGAAAGUUAGUAUGGAUGGUGCUCCUUAUCUGAGGAAGGUUGAUCUAAGAAGCUACACUACUUAUCAACAGCUUUCAUCGGCCCUAGAGAAGAUGUUUAGCUGCUUCACUAUUGGUCAAUGUGGAGCUUCCGGAAGGGAAAGUCUGAGUGAGAGCAAGUUGAGGGAUCUGUUGCAUGGAUCGGAGUAUGUGCUCACGUAUGAGGAUAAGGAUGGUGACUGGAUGCUUGUCGGGGAUGUGCCUUGGGAUAUGUUCAUCGGUUCUUGCAAGAGGCUGAAGAUCAUGAAGGGCUCUGAUGCAAUUGGCUUAGCUCCAAGGGCUAUGGAGAAAUCAAAGAACAGAAAUUAGCUUCUCUUCCGAGUGAAAUGCCGUUAUGUUUUGAGGGGAAGUGGUGUGUGUUUCUAUAAAUAGUAAGAGUAAAAUGUUUCUGAUAUAUUAAUAUAGGAAACCUUUGUUUUCUGACUACUUACUCUUUGUCUUUUGAUGAAUGUGUGUUUGUGUGAUUUUAAAACACUUAUUAUUGUAUGGAUGUUUACUAUGUAGUUAAUAUCCCGAUAUAUUACCGAUAUAUCAGUGAUAUAUCAGUAAUAUCUCAAAAUAUUGGCCAGAAUAUCCGUACUGAUAUUAUCGGCGAUAUCGACCGAUAUAUCACAGUUUUUCCUUGA